AAUUCCUACCAUAAAAUUGGGCAUGUCUAUUACAAUCAAGGUCAAUAUCAAGAAGCUCUUUCCAUGUUUGAAAAAUCGCUUAACCUUCGCUUACAAUUUCUUGGUACUUAUCAUCUUGAUGUUGCUACAUCGUAUAACCUCAUGGGCUCUGUCUAUUUGAAUCAAAUUCAGUAUGAUGAUGCACUUUCCAUGUAUCACAAAUCACUGAAGGUUAGAUUACAUCUACUUGGCGAUUCUCAUGGUGAUGUUGCAAACUCCUAUAAUAACAUUGGAACUGUCUGUUACAAUCAAGGCAAGUAUGACGAAGCUCUUUCAAUGUAUCGAAAAUCAUUAGCCAUUCGAUUCGAGAUUUUGCACGAUAAUCAUGCUGAUGUUGCUUCUUCCUAUAACAACGUUGGACUUGUCUACAGAAAUCAAAGGAAAUAUGAUGAUGCUCUUUCUAUGUACAAAAAAUCUCUUGAAAUAAGAUUGAAGGCGCUUGAUGCAAAUCAUCCUGAUGUUGCAACAUCGUAUAACAACAUAGCAAGUGUAUAUUAUAAUCAAGGCAAGAAUGAUGAAGCUCUUUCUAUGUUUGAAAAAUCGCUGCAGAUCUAUCUGCAAGUCCUUGGAGAUAGACAUCCUCAUGUAGUCAAUGCCUACAACAACAUUGCCAAUGUCUAUCAUGCCCAAGGUAAAUAUGACGAUGCCCUUGGUAUGUUUCAAAAAUCGCAUAAGAUUCAGCUGCAAAGGUUUGGCGAUUAUCAUCUGGAAGUGGCUACGUCGUAUUACAAUAUGGGGAAUGUCUAUUUUAUGCAAAGUAAAUACGAUACAGCUCUUCCUUUAUUUGGAAAGGCUUUGAAAAUUCGAUCGGAAAGACUUGAUGAUGAUCAUCCUAGCGUUACUCAAACCAAAAGUAGGAUAGCAGAAACUUUC